UGAAUCCACGCUUCAGUGACAGCUGAUGAGGCAGAGACUCGCACUUGCCUGUGUUGACACUGGACCGAUAUGCGGCGAUGCUCUUGCGUGUGAAAGCGUUUGCAGCGGUCUCUAAGCAGCUACAGAGAGAUUUCGCCUCGGAUGAGAGAUUAGGAGCUGGUGGUGGUGGAGGAGGAGAAAAGGGAGGAGGAGGAAGAGGAGGAAAAGCAACCAGCAGCAUCAGGAGGAAAAAACACUGGUAUCUUUUGGUCCACCGCGUCUCUUCUGUGGCAGCAGGCCCGUCGACUGUGAGAGGAAGCCGGGGGCUGGAUUUAAAAUGUCGCAGGGAUGUGCUGAAGGCUUGAUGAUGAAAGGAGGAAGAGGAGGAGAGAGUGGAGUGACCGCUUCCUGGUUCAACACAGGUUGUAAUUAGACCCCUUGCAAAGCCAGCACAGUCUGUGGUCAGGAGGUGAUGGCAGUGCUCACUGAGCCUCACCACCACUACAACCCAUUCCUAAAGAUGGACACCCCCCUCCUUCUCGCCUGAGCCUGACCUCAGCGCUGCCUCCUUCCCCUCCUUUCCUUCUGCCUCCCCUCAUUCAUUUCCCUCCUUCCUCUAUCUCCUCAUCCUAAAGCACUUGCCCCCUUAAAUGCACCUACCCCUUCCCUCCAUCUAUUACCCCCUCAUUGAAUACACAUUGAGUACCUCCACGAUCUCUCUUGAUAAUGGCGUGCUUUGGUCGCUCUCUGGACUCCCCGUGCACACUGGCCUUGCUGGUGGGCUUUCAGUUUGCCUUUGUUCUCUACUUCUCCCUCGGGGGCUUCAGAGGCUUGGUGUCGGUAUUGGUGCACACCACAGAGCCGGAGUUUGAUUACUCUCGACCUCACGACGUCUAUACAAACCUCAGUCAUCUGGGAGUACCUCCUCCCCCACCCCGCAACUCUGGCACUGGACCACCUGCUACAGGACCACCACUGAAAGACUGCCAGAUCCCUUCCCCGCUGCUCGUGGGACCUGUUUCAGUCCAUCUUGCAGCCCCUCUUUCUAUGGAGGAGAUCAGACAGAGGAACCCCUUAGUGUCUCUAGGCGGACACUACCGUCCUCCAGACUGUGAACCCCGCCACCACACAGCGAUAGUGGUACCAUAUCGGAAUCGGCAGACUCACCUGCGUGCCCUCCUCUACCACCUGCACCCCUUCCUGCAACGACAGCAGAUCCACUACAGCAUCUAUAUUGUACAGCAGUGGGGGAACGGUACCUUUAACCGAGCCAAGCUGCUGAACGUUGGGGUGCGGGAGGCCCUCAGAGAUGAAGACUGGAGCUGCAUCUUCCUGCAUGAUGUAGACCUGCUGCCUGAGAACGACCACAACACCUACACCUGCCACAAGCAGUUCCCCACACACCUGUCUGUGGCCAUGGACAAGUUCAGAUACAGGCUGCCAUACCCACAGUAUUUUGGUGGGGUGUCUGCGGUGACACCAGACCAGUACAUGAAGAUGAACGGCUUUCCUAACCAGUACUGGGGAUGGGGUGGAGAGGAUGAUGACAUCGCUGCAAGAGUGCGCCUGUCUGGCAUGAAGAUCAUGCGCCCCCCAGUGGCCAUUGGUCAUUACAAGAUGAUCAAGCAUAAAGGAGACAGAGGCAAUGAGCAAAACCCACGCAGAUUUGACCUCCUGAAAAGGACCAGACUCAACUGGCGCUCCGAUGGCCUCAACUCUCUGACCUACGAGCUUCUUUCUAGACAGCUGGAGCCUCUCUACACCAACCUCACUGUCAACAUUGGAGAGGAUCCCCGUCUCCCACUGGGGAAAGCACCUCUCCUUUUGAAAGAAACAACCCCGGUUCACCAACGUAGCAUCAUCAGCAGCAAGAGCGGGAGCCCGGCCAAACAGGAAAACAGAGAGGUGGAGGCAGCGAAUGUGACCGCGCUCAAGUCAGUUGGUGACAAGACAGAACCUGCUCAGUCAAAGACAGAAAAUCAAACACACCGGGAGAAGACAGGUGUGAUGAAGUAGGAUGAGGUGUGUCAAACAGGGGCUGCAUCACAUCUGUAGCGUAAAGCAGUGUUGGGUUUGUGGAACUCAGAAUACACCAGCUUUUUGUGCUCAGAGCAGGUUAUGCAAUGGGUGGAAGGAAGAAGCUACUACAGGGAUGCAUUCAGCAACGCCACUGAGUCAUCUCUUGGUUUAUCAUCUACUGAAUGUGACUCUACUGACUGACAUGAGUCUUCCGCUCCGGAGCCAAAGAGAACAGUGGCGCAGGACUCGGUCAAACCACGCAGAGGUCCAAAAGCAGCUGAAUGAAAAUGAGACAGCGCAUAUAUAAAUCUCUGCUCUUUUCCAGACAUCGCAAACUGUAAGCAACCCAUCUGCUGUCAUUCGCAGACCUGCAGUUUCAUCCAGUUUGCUCCUGAAAAACUGCUGCUGUCAGUCCAUCCCACUUCAUGGUGGGUUUGUGUUUCUGUGCCUUCUCUCUUUUAAUGCGCAUUUUAUAGACUGGUAGAGUUGCUUCUAGACGCUGAUCUGGGGUUCAUUUUUUCCUUCUCCUGCAAAUGUUAGAAAAGCAGGGAGGCUCGAGCUGAUCCUAGACCAGAACCAAUGAUUUGUUCCAGGACUGCCGUUUUAUAUUUGUGUGCAUCGAUCUAGCGCUGACCGAGCCGAGUCAAACAUAGUUAUCGGACAAUUCUAGAGUUUAUAUUUAUAUCCAGAGACUUCUUUAUUUAUUUGUUUACUGAUUUGUCCCCUUCCCUUACUGUCUGGUGCCUCUCUGACAUUUAGUUUCUAGACAAUCAAAUCAAAUGGGAAGAUAAUUAUGUAUCCAAACAUACACUCAUAACAAAGUGAGGAAAUAUUAUCAUGACUAUCUUUACAUAAACGUGGCAUGAUAGUUGUUGUCUAGCUUGACUAUACUCUCGAUACAUGGAUAGACCUGUGCUUCUGAUAUUAUCCGUACUUCAGUAUUUUCUUUUAGAAUAUAGUCAGAAAUGGAAAAAAGUAAGUGCAGACAAUAUUGUAGGCCCGUGGCUGCACAUUUGCCAAUGUCAGAUAGUAUGUCCAAAAAUUACAAAUAGUUACAAUAAAGCACUGUGUGUAGAGCUUGGUUGGCUAAAACAGCCUGACAUCUUCAGAGUGGGUCUUUUGGUGUAUUAUGAAAGACCGUGGUAACUCUAACAAAUAGAAACAAGCCUCUCCUUGUUCUUUUUUUGCUAGAUGAAGCUUCUGUGGACACAAGGAGAGGAAAUGCGUGUUAGGCAGAGGAUUAAAUAGUUUCACUUUUAGGCCUGCCCAAAUUAGGACGUGCAUGUAAGUUAUUUGUGUAAACAAAUCCACUACUAUCAUCUUUUUUCUCUGUAGUCAAAGCCACUACAUCUCUUAGAUCCUGUUUGUUUUCCAUAUCAGCCAUGUGGAAUGUAUGGUCUAAGUCGUCAUCAGGUGAGCUUAUUUCGAGGACAGGGACUUCAAUUUGAGAACUCACAAGGUUUAGGAUUUCUUGCUGCUAUUUGACUAGAGAAAAGGUGACUUGUAUUAUUAACCACUCGUUUUGGGACUGUGUUUUAUCAUAACAACAGGUAAUGUAUUGCUCAUGUGUUGAAGUUGAAUGUAUUUAAUUUAUUGUUUUAUUUAUUGACUCACUGGUAGAGCUAAACUCUGACUUCUACUGCUGUAGGGGUCUCCAUUGUCACCAUAUUUAUACAAUAUCUCCAUGUUCCUUAUGUUAACAUUGUGCCUCAUACUACUGGGGGGGAUCCAAGACAUUUUUCUGGGUUACAUGUGAGCGCCCUCAAGUGGCUCAGUCUGGCAUAGCGCCAGCCAAGAGGAACCAAGGACUGAAUGAAACUGCAAUGUUGUGACUUGAAUGUGAAAUAUUAACGUCCGCCAUUCACAGGUUUCAGCCAAUCAAAUCUUUGCAUCGCUCUGUUUGGAGGGUUUCUCGUGUGCGUGGUAUCACAUGAUUGAUCCUGCUGAGCUUAAAGGUGUAGAGCAACUCUCCCCUAAUUUUGCUGGUUAAUGGAACCAAAAAAACGUACAUUCUAAGUGUUUUAUGAAUGGAUCUAGUUUUAUAGAAGGAGUCUAUGUUUAUAUAUGUCCAGACAAUACAAAGAGUGCAGUACAAGCAGAUUAUACUGACACACGGAGAUGUAAUGAGGCCUAAUUUCCAAGCUUUAUACUACAUAAGAGUUUAGUUGCAUAACAAUAGAUAAUAUAUCCUCCAUUUAUUAUAUUGCCUGUGACGAUGCCUGUAUGACAUGAUGCAGUGACACACUGAAAGCUUUGAAGGACGUUAUGUAAUCUCAGAGUAAUCGGCAAACUGUGUGCAUACCUGGAGAUUGUUCUAUAUUUAAUAAAUAGGCUAGUUUUUAUAAAGGUUAAGUGUUGGAAAUAUAUACAGUGUAGUUGAAUGCAAAUUCAGUGAACUGGCUUUGGGAUUUCUUGGUAAGACUUUUUAUUUAAAGGGGUCAUUAUAUCACAAGUUGGUUUUGCCCAUAAACAAACACGUGUGAGAAGAGCUGUUGAGAACAUUCAAAUGAGACAUAUCUAAUACAUCACACCAUUUAUUAUGAAGAAGCCUGAUUGCAUAACUACUGAAGCGUAUUGCAUUCACAUGAGGAAAUAAAUUCUGCUCUGUUUUUCUGAAUUAAUGAGUUAAUUAUCUCGGAAUUACAUGAAGAGUGUUUUGUACAGUGUUCCCGCCUGUCAAUCAGGUCAGCUGUGCCUCUCAUUGGAAGACUUGUAAUCUCAAUAUGUUUGAAAUUGCCACGUUAGAAAAAUUCACCCCCCUACAGUGUGUGCUGAUUGAGAAAUGAGCUAUCCAGACUACACUUGUCUUUUGUACCAGGCUGUAAACAUGUUUAUUUCUGCUGUAAAGAUCGUCGUCUUUGAAUUGGUGUGUAUGUGGUUUCCGGUGCUCCCGGAGCCAGCCUCAAGCGGAUCCUCGAUUAACUGCAGUUUUUAGCACUUCUGCAUUGGACUCAUAUUUUUAGAUUGGAGGUUGCUGCUUGAUUGAACCAUGACGUUUUCCACUAUCGUUCUUAACUGAAAUUAGUCAGUGGAAACUGGUAUUUUUAAAAUUCACCAACACAGAUUUUAAAUUUUCUGAAUAAAUGAUAAUUUUAGAUAUUUUCAAAGAGAGAUUAUUUUAAAAAUGCAAGUUUCCACUGACUAAUUUCAGCUCCGACCAAUAGUGGGAAAACAUCAUGGUUUAAUCCUGUCAAUCACAACUAGAUCUGAUGUUUCAUUUCAAAAUAAGACACUUGAAAUUUAGCAUAAUUGCAAAGAUUUAUAUUUUUAAAUUAUUUUAAAAUUCCAGUUUCCAUAGACUAAUUUCAGUUCCAAAAUUGUAAAAUCUGUGUUUCCGCGCUAUUACUGUAAUGCCUGUUCUAAAUGCACACAACAGAAUACAGUGGAGGCUAGCUUGACUGCAUAAAGCUUAGAGCUUUUGUUGACGUUCAGGUAGGCCACCCAACAACUUGUUAAUUCGGAAAAACAGAGCGAAUUUUCUUUUUAAUUCACAAAAAAAGAACAUGUUUCUCAUAAUUCUGAGAUGAUUAACUUGUUAAUUCAGAAAUUCCAAGAUAACUUGUUCAUUCAGAAAAACAGAGCAGAAUUUUUUUUCCCAGGUGAAUGCAAUACGCUUCAGUACAUAACGCAACGCAAUGUACCUGUGGUUUUCUUAGGUCGCCUUAUUUACUGACCUUGUUCUCAAGAUGAGUAAGAGUGCCAGUGUGUGUGCUUGUGUGUGUGUGUGUGUGAGAGAGAGAGAGUGUGUGUGCUGGGUGUUUGUGAGCGAGGUCUCUAAAAAAGGCAACCGCAGCAGCCUGCUUUGAUUGACUGUGUUUUGACAGAAAGCAAAUGUCCAUCAAUAAAAACUCAUCGUCAA